CUACUGGUUUCUCAUCCACACUCACACAAACACAAACACACACACACACACGCGCACACUGAGCCGCAGUCAGUCAGUCAGACGGUCUCCACGCAGGAACAGCAGCAGGGAAAACAAACUCUCCUCCUGUCGCUCACAAACCCAGCAAACUGCAGAAAGUAGAAGUGAAGUCGACGCGAUGGUGAAGACUAAAAGCCACCGUUUAGUCUGAGAAAAGACGGGCUGUAGCGAGGAAGAGGCUGCUGGAAGAAGAGGGUGAAAUUAUAACCGAUCACACGUGGAAGUCACCACUGAAACACAUCGUAAAGGGGUGGAUUUCAUCCUCUCCACUUUGAACUGUUUGCCAGCUGUUCACUCCUGCCUACUUCAGAGAUGAGUGCCAAGUCAGCCAUCAACAAGGUGGUCUUCCUACCCCACGAUGAGAAGAUGCUCGCUGCUGUGCAGGUGAAGCGGAGGACCAAGAAGAAGAUCCCAUUCCUGGCCACUGGUGGUCAGGGAGACUACAUGACCUUCAUCUGCGUCUCAGUGACGAAUAAGAAACCCUCCCACGUAUCCAUCACUAAGGUGAAGCAGUUCCAGGGAUCUUCUGCCUUCGUAAAAAGGUCACAGUGGACAAUCGACCAGCUACGGCAGGUCAACGGCAUCGACCCGAGCAAAGACUGUGCAGAGUUUGACCUGAUGUUCGAGAAUGCUUUUGACCAGUGGGUUGCUGGUUCAGCAGGGGAGAAGUGCACCUUCAUCCAGAUUCUUCACCACACCUGCCAGCGCUACAGCUCAGCACGGAAACCGGAGUUCGUCAACUGUCAGUCCAAACUGCUGGGGGGUAACAGUAUACUACACUCGGCCGCAGACAGCGUGACGAGUGCCGUACAGAAGGCCAGCCAGGCCCUGAACGAGCGCGGCGAGCGACUAGGCCGGGCCGAGGAGAGGACCGCAGACAUGAUGAACAGUGCCGAACAGUUCUCUGUUACUGCACAGAAGCUUGCCAUGAAGCACAAGUGUUAGACCACUGCCAAAAACCAACUGAGCUGGGGGGGGUCACCAAUUGCCAGUCGCUGUACAGGAGAAGGAUUCCAGAUUUUAUUCUUUUUAAAAGAUUUAAUUUGAUUGCUAUUUUGUUAACAAUGUUAACAUUUUAAUGUGUUGGGGUUGUUGUAUUCUGGUGGCGACGCAUCAAGCAGCGGGGAGGAAGAGAGAGGUAACCAACGCUACUUCAGACUGUCGGCAGAAUGUUUCAUGCUUCUGUUUGCCAAAAAAAAAGUCACAGGACGUGACUGUAUAUGAUAACCGCCUCCUCUUUUUCAUAUGCUCAAACACUUAACAUGAGAGUACACAUGCUGACAAGUCAUUAUCAGCAAUCACUCCAGGACAAGGAACAGCUUGUCUCGCCGGUUAUUAAUUGUUGAGAGUUAUUUAUGAGCACUGCGGUGAUUAUGCACUCUGAUUCAUGAGUGACGGACCCUCUCAUGGGUUUCACAGGUGUGACUUUGGAUUGGGUGGCAGUAUACCACACAAACACCUGACAUACCUAGAUUUUCUUAUCUGAUGCUUAGGUUGUACCCAGGUAAAUAUUUUGGUCAACACAUUUGGGAGAGCGGGAUGUCAGAUGAAAAGGAAUAAUUACAUCAACUCCACGUCUGAACAUUAAUAAAUCCCAAAGUAUUUAAUUUUCAAUUUAAUGUUUCCUUUUCUCUUUUGACUCUCGGACAUUGCGGUCUGCUGUUCAGUCCAUCAUUUCAAAAUGUAUUGAAGCAGUAUUAGUCAAAAUAUUUUCAACAUAUUUCAUAAAUUGCAUAUGAGACUGAUUAGAGUGGUUUGUGUAUAUACACACACACAUAAAUAACAAUAUACAAUAUAUAACAACCAUGAAAUAUUUUAUUCCUCUGUCUGAUUUGUCUACCAUACAAAAACAACCAAAACUACAUGGAAUACAGUUGCCAACAUUUUUGGAAGUGUACUUGAAGAACUGUUUUGAAAAUAAGCUUUUUAAGUAUAAUAAUUUAUGUUAAAUUCACUAAACCAGCUUCUGCAUUGUAAAAAAGCAAAACAUGUAAUUCUUCUAGUAUCUCGGUGUCCGUAGAGCUAAUUUGUCUCAUGAACAUUGGAAUGACUCCUGGCUGUAUUUCAAUUUUAAACAUUCAGUAGUCAUACCUUAUGCUUUUUGUAUAAAUUGGGUCGGUUAUUAUAAAGAUGUGUAUACUGAUAGAUGAAGGACAAAAUGUCUCAAAUUGCAGAAGCAGUGUGUAGUUAUUUAUUUUGGUACCGACACAUUUUACAGGUCCACAAAAUGGCAUGGUAAUUAGGUGAUAAUUAGCAGGUAACCUAUUUGAAAUUUCUUUGGAAUUGCUGCCAAA